GCAACAGAGGAAAGUCAAGUUACGUCAAGUGAUGCUGAACUGGAUGUAUACAAUGACCCUUUAAGAGGUAAGAGCACCGGGUGGAACAAGAUUUUUUGAAAGACGCCGUGAAGUUUUUGUCACAUUUACGUCAAAAUUUGCCUAUGUUCUGUAAAUAAGUUUUUGAAACAGCAAAAGGAUUGUUUCAUCAAAAAAACUCUGUUAGCAGUAAAAUGAAAAACCAAAGGAAAGAACAAUUUAUUGCUCGAUCCGAUCAGGUAAAAUGCAUAGACAUUAUCAAUUAUACAAAGGCAAUAAAGCGACAAAUUUGAAGGCGACUUCGCUUUUAAGAGCCCUAACUUAAAGAAGAAUCGGCCAAAAUUUUCCUACUAGGCUACGUAAAACUCAGUAUUCUGUGUUUUAGAAGUGCUUUCUUGUUAAUCAACGCACAAUGUUUUGGAGGUUAACGCUGUAUCUAAAAUUUACACCUAAAAUGAACGAUAUUUGCGCUGAAAAGGUAUUAUCCUUUUUGCACUUGAAGGUAUUCUAAAUUUGGUCACUUUUAGUAUGAAAGUCAUUUUCGGCAAGAGAGAGCUGUUAGUACCCGUAGACCCGUCAAAGUCGAGUUUUGAAAAAUUUGCAAACAGGUAACUUUUUGAGGCCGCCAAAAGGAAAGUAGUUACGAUAACACCUUCUUGUCCUUUACUUUGGCAGAAAUUUUACGUAAUUUGAGAAUUCUACACAGAGAAGAGGAAGCAUUUUGUUUCAGCCGUAUCGCCUGUUUUGGUCCUCUAAAUAUUUGACGCCUCUUUAGACAGUUAUGUCAACACCAGGCCCACGCUGUAAACCACUAGUCAACAAAAUUUAGAACCCCUGACUUUUAUAACAGGCAAAAUGGCACUUCGUGGGAAAGUGGUACUUUCCCAAUCAAAUUAUUUCCAAUUAGCCUAUACGAGUAUGUUCUCAAUAGACAAUAAAUGUAUGGGAAAAACCAAUUACUAAUAAAGAAAAAAAAAAAAAAACAUGUUUUCCGGCGCUCUUUUCUGAAGGAUGGGCAAACCAUGAACUCUUGUCACUCUCAGCGCGAUGAUUUUUUUGUUAUCAGAACAUUAAAAAGUUUUAACCUUUUCGGUCCUGGCUUUGCUCUGCUUUAUGCAUUUUUUCUCAGUAACUCAUGGGAUUUUAUAUUCUAACUUGAUAUUUUGGAAAGCGUAACGCAGGUGUAAAAGGGUUUUUGGAAAGUCUCUCGACGUAAAUGUAAACCGAACAGACUUGAUCUGGUUAUAACCAGGCUACAGCUAAAACUCCAAAUAGCUUACAUAUUUUAAAGCGAACAAAAUGCACAGAUAAACUCUCCUGAAGGGCGAUUGUAAAGGAAAUUGAGUUGAAAUAGGAUCUCCUGGUAAAACUUGUGAUAUUUUGGAAAACGUAAGCCAGGUGUAAAAGGGGUUUGUAAAAGCCUCUCGACCUAAAUGUAAACCGAACAGACUUGAUCUAGUAAUAGCCAAGCUACAGCCCAGACUCCCAACAGCUUAUACAUUUUACUUAAACAAACUGUACAGGUAUUAAACUUUUCUGACUUUUUUUUUUCAUUGCUUUAAGCUCCUUUAACCUAAAAGUUCGUUUGGAUAUAUAAAGUUGGCAUCAUCCGUCAAGGGUCGUUUCACUCAUUACUAAAUCAUUAACACUAAAACGUUGUGUUUUCAGAAAUAGCGAAGGUAUGUCUGGAGAAAGGUAACAAAGAGUACAGACAAGGAGAAGUUAAUAAGGCGAUAAACUCUUACACGGAAGGACUUAAAGUGAACUGCAAGGAUGAACGACUCAACGCCAAGCUUUACAGCAACAGGGCAACAGCUCAUUUCCGUUUGGGUAACAAUUUCAUAUCUAAAUAUAUAAAUAUCUCAUGCAGCGUUACAAGACAACGGAAUACACAAUCUGCAUCAAGAGAAGAAAAGAAUUGAGCAACUGCAGAAAAGUAGCAUAAAAACAUAAAUCGCCGUGUAGCGAAUGAAAAUGAAGCAAAGAAAUGAUCUUCAUUACAUUUUAAGCAAUUGUAAUUUUUGAGGCUUCUUUGUUGCAAUUCCAUAUGAUUACCACUUUUUUAAAUCUUAUUUCCUGAAUCUCAUAGAAAACUACGUGGAAUGUCUCGAUGAUGCAACAGUUGCUGUUCAAUUGGAACCCACUUUAAUCAAAGCUAUUAAGAAAGGUGGGUGUUUCAGACAUAAGCCAUCAACAUUCUAUUCUCUGAUUUUGUCAAAAGAGGAUUUUGUGGUCUGUGGCAGGUGACUGCACCCCAAGUGUCAAUUGUAUCUGGUGUGUCAAUGUCUGUUAUGUGGGUAAAAAGCAGAAGAAAAUGUCAAUAAGUUCUCAAAUACCGCUGCCUGGUUAGUUCACGUUGUAGAGCGCCGGAGGUCGAGGGUUCAAGCCCUAGACCAGACCAACACUCAGAGUCGUAAAAUAUCUGAGGAGAAUGUGCUGUCACCCAAGCUAUGACAUCUGCAAAUGGUCUGAUAUUAUUGUCCCGGAUAUGAAAGGAAGACCGAAAGCCCCGUUUCUUGCAUCUUCUCUGUGACCCUUAGCAGGGGACGUUUAAAAACCCGGCAUGCAGUCUGCCCGAAAACUUCCCCGAAAAGUGCUAAAGAGCGCAUAAGAGCACAUUAAAAUAAAGAAUGCGCGAGAUAAAUUCGUCGUUAUCAUCAUCGGUUGAACCUUAAUUGGUAGCCGCUUUGCAUUAGCUCCUUAUUGUUCAUUUUCAAUUCUUCUACAAGUUCAGAUUUCCUUUAUUAUCGCAGUUUUUGUUCCCAGCCAAAUGGCAAACUAAGUCCAUUUUAUCAAUGCUUUUAUACCUUAACAGUGAUAAAUUACCUCGCCUCACCAAUUAUUCUCUCCUUUUUAGGAGCAAGAGCUUGUGUCGAACUUUGCUGGUAUAAAGAAGCAAGGAGCUGGUUGCAUGUGGGAUUGACCGUAUCCUUUGACGAAUGUUUCAAACGUGAUACGAGAUGCAAUGCCACUAAUAUUUCAAGAAUAAUCAAUACGUUCCAGGCAGAUUAUUCUACAUAUAGUGCAAGCGAUGUUCUCUUAUACUGCACUAAGCAGUUUAAAGAAGCUAAAAUAUUAUUAAGGAGUUCUCUCGAUUAUUCCAUGAAACUUCACUUAAAAGAAGAGACCAUAUUAACUAGUUCCCAGAGUUUCUGCUGAAUGCCCCUCAUAUUUCUCUUGAGACGAAUCACCAUGACGACCGAACCUAAACUAAUAAAUGCACUUCAGAGCUAGUCAACACUCUCGAAUAACUUGAAAUCAAAUCUCUUCAAGAAACCCAGGUUCGAAUUAUCAUUCCAAUUUGAAGGUUUUAUCCAAUAAUCUCAUUAUUUUCGAAACAUACAUUUCCAUUGCAUUUUCGCAAAUCCGCUCAUGAUUUAGCAACCCUUGACACGUUUUAAGAUUGAAAACAAUAACGAACGUCUUCUUCAAUUAAUAAGGAAAUCGAAUGCUGAACUAAAAGUCAAAGCAAACACUUAUGCCAGUCUCGGAUGUACUUACUAUAAAGUUGGGCAGUUCAACACAGCAAUCGUGUACCUUCAACAAUGUCUAGAAAUUGCUAAAGAACUGGGAGACAAGACCGGAGAGGGAAAAAGUUAUGGCAAUCUCGGCAACGCUUAUCAAGGUCUAGGAGAGUUCAAAACAGCCAUCAAGUACCAUCAACGUCAUCUAGAAAUUGCUAAAGAAGUAAGAGACAUGGCCGGAGAGGGAAAAAGUUAUGGCAAUCUCGGCAACGCUUAUGACAGUCUAGGAGAGUUCAAAACAGCCAUCAAGUACCAUCAACGUCGUCUAGAAAUUGCUAAAGAAGUGGGAGACAAGGCCGGAGAGGGAAGAAGUUAUUGCAAUCUCGGCAACGCUUAUCAAGGUCUAGGAGAGUUCAAAACAGCCAUCAAGUACCAUCAACGUCAUCUAGAAAUUGCUAAAGAAGUGGGUGACAAGGCCGGAGAGGGAAAAAGUUAUGGCAAUCUUGGCAACGCUUAUCAAGGUCUAGGAGAGUUCAAAACAGCCAUCAAGUACCAUCAACGUCGUCUAGAAAUUGCUAAAGAAGUGGGAGACAAGGCCGGAGAGGGAAGAAGUUAUGGCAAUCUCGGCAACGCUUAUCAAGGUCUAGGAGAGUUCAAAACAGCCAUCAAGUACCAUCAACGUCAUCUAGAAAUUGCUAAAGAAGUGGGAGACAUGGCCGGAGAGGGAAGAAGUUAUUCCGGUCUCGGCAACGCUUAUGACAGUCUAGGAGAGUUCAAAACAGCCAUCAAGUACCAUCAACGUGAUCUAGAAAUUGCUAAAGAAGUGGGAGACAAGGCCGGAGAGGGAAGAAGUUAUUCCGGUCUCGGCAACGCUUAUCAAGGUCUAGGAGAGUUCAAAACAGCCAUCAAGUACCAUCAACGUGAUCUAGAAAUUGCUAAAGAAGUGGGAGACAAGGCCGGAGAGGGAGGAAGUUAUGGCAAUCUCGGCAACGCUUAUCAAGGUCUAGGAGAGUUCAAAACAGCCAUCAAGUACCAUCAACGUCAUCUAGAAAUUGCUAAAGAAGUGGGAGACAAGGCCGGAGAGGGAGCAAGUUAUGGCAAUCUUGGCAACGCUUAUCAAGGUCUAGGAGAGUUCCAAACAGCCAUCAAGUACCAUCAACGUCGUCUAGAAAUUGCUAAAGAAGUGGGAGACAAGGUCAGAGAGGGAAGAAGUUAUUCCGGUCUCGGCAACGCUUAUCGCAGUCUAGGAGAGUUCAAAACAGCCGUCAAGUACCAUCAACGUCAUCUAGAAAUUGCUAAAGAAGUGGGAGACAAGGCCGGAGAGGGAGCAAGUUAUGGCAAUCUCGGCAACGCUUAUGACAGUCUAGGAGAGUUCAAAACAGCCAUCAAGUACCAUCAACGUCGUCUAGAAAUUGCUAAAGAAGUGGGAGACAAGGCCGGAGAGGGAAGAAGUUAUGGCAAUCUCGGCAACGCUUAUCGAGGUCUAGGAGAGUUCAAAACAGCCAUCAAUUACCAUCAACGUCAUCUAGAAAUUGCUAAAGAAGUGGGAGACAAGGCCGGAGAGGGAAGAAGUUAUUCCGGUCUCGGCAACGCUUAUGAAGGUCUUCGACAGUUCAAAACAGCUAUCGAGUGCCAUCAACGUCAUCUAGAAAUUGCUAAAGAAGUGGGAGACAAGGCCGGAGAGGGAAUAAGUUAUGGCAAUCUCGGCAUUGUGUAUUGCAUUCUAAGACAAUUCAAAACAGCAAUCGAGUACCAUCAACGUGGUCUAGAAAUUUCUAAAGAAGUGGGAGACAAGGCCGGAGAGGGACUAAGUUAUUGCCUUCUCGGCGGGAUUCAUCUCAGACAAGGAGAGUCGAAAAUGGCAAUUGAGUGUUAUCAACGUCACCUAGAAAUAUCCAAAAGAGUGGGAGAUAAGACUGGAGAGGCGUGCUCACUCUGUUCCCUUGGAGGCAGUUUUGAGUACCAAGGAAAUUUCAUGAGAGCCUUUGACAAUUAUUACUCGAGUGUAGAAUUGUAUGAUGAUAUCAGAGCCAGUCUUCAACUCAACGAUCAGUGGAAGAUUUGUUUUCGUAAUCAGCACAAAGCAGCAUACAAAGGUUUGUGGCGUAUAAAUCUCAGUCGAGGUCAAGUUGUGAAGGCUCUUCUUGCUACAGAGAAAGGACGUGCUCAAGCUCUGAGAGAUCUCAUGGUCACAAAAUAUCAGCCUGGAGAUUCUUUAACGCCCAGCGCAUCCCGCAUUUCUCUGAGGUGGGUUCCAGUGAGCACAGUUUUCAUAGCCAUUAAUGGACCAUGCGUUUACUUCUGGGUUUGCCUCAGUGAAAAUAAUAUCCAGAUGAGGCAAGUACACGUCAACAAUUAUAAGUUUGAGGAUGAAUUGGAAGUUUUCAUCCAGCACCUGAACAAAACUGCUCUUAAAGAAAUCGGUGCAAGAGGUACUAUUACAAUCGAAAAUCCUCCGCUUGACUCGCUGACAGAAGAGGAAGUGGGCAAUGAUGCGAUCCGAGUUAAUGUGAAGCACUCCCAAUCAAGUGCUUUAAAGAAGCUGCAUGACAUCAUCGUUACUCCUAUUGCUGACCUGAUCGAAGGCAACGACGAGAUCACAAUCGUUCCUGAGGGGCCAUUUAGCCUUGUACCUUAUGCAGCGUUGCAGGACUCCAACUCAUCAUAUCUAAGUGAUUCUUUCAGAAUUCGUGUGCUUCCCUCUCUGACGACCUUGCAACUAAUUCAUGAUUGUCCAGCUGACUUUCACACGAAGACUGGUGCAUUGCUUGUCGGCGACCCAUGUUUCAAACAUAUCAUCUAUGAGGGAGGACUUUUGGUGCAACUUCCAGGAGCAAGGAAAGAAGUGGAGAUGAUCGGACGUAUCCUCAAUGUUUCCCCUCUCACUGGAGAAAUGGCAACAAAAGAGGAAGUGUUAAAACGAAUAUCAUCAGUGGCGUUAGUUCACAUAGCAGCGCACGGUAAAAUGGAGACUGGAGAAGUUAUCCUGGCACCAAACACCACAAGAGAUAACCCUCAGCCGCAAGAGAGAGAUUAUCUACUGACGAUGAAAGAUGUCGUAGAAGCUGGGUUGCGAGCACGUCUGGUUGUACUUAGCUGCUGUCACACUGCUCGUGGGGAGGUCAUGGCCGAGGGUGUGGUCGGCAUGGCGCGUGCACUUUUGGGUGCCGGUGCCAGAUCUGUUGUGGUAACCUUGUGGGCGAUUGGCGACGAGGGAACCCUGGAGUUCAUGAAUUUCUUCUACGAUGCACUUGCUGAAGGCAAGAAGGCCAGUGAAGCUCUCAAUCAGGCCAUGAAGUGUAUGAGAGAAAUUGAAAAUUUCAAGGAGGUUUGGCACUGGGCACCAUUUGUACUCAUUGGUGACGACGUCAACCUGGAUUUCGAGGAGAUUUAG